GUGGUUGGCGGCCGGAGAGUGUGGAGGCGAGGGUACGGCCGCUCCAUCGACAAGUGGCCCUCUCACACGUUGGCUCCCACACUCCUCUCACUGCCACGAGAAUCAUCAGUGUAUUGUAGUUUCUUGUCUGGCUCUUUUGACAUGAGCCUUCGAUUUUUGUGGUCUGACAAUGUGAUAUAAAAUGGAAAUGUAUUGAAAUAUGUGCUCGCAUCAAAUAUGAGAAAAUAUGAAAAUUGCACGGCAACUAGAGCUUAAUGAUAGUGUUUGGGAAGGAAGUUCGCGAGUUAGCAGCCAGACGACAGAUUCAGUUUGUAUGUGAGUGAACCUGUUGAUCCCAGUGUAGGCUGGGCGAGCAGACGCCUUGCUACACAGGGUUGAAGAAGCUCACAUCUCUACCUGGGCAACCCUGUCUGCUCUUUUAUUACUGCUGUGGUCUUAAAGAAAACAAACUCAAGCACUUGGUGUGAUCUUAUUUGACUCCAUAAACUCUAGUAAAAGUCGGGAUAAAACGGAAGUGUGAAACGUUGACAAAACAGUGCGGCUACACUUGACAAGGUGGAUUCCCAGCAUAUAUUGAAGUACACGGGUAACGUGGGGAACUUGAGUGAUUCUGUCAACAUAUUCUCGAGUCCUUGGUGGCCUGUAGAGAGCAGGUCGUGCCCAGUGCCACCCGCUGAGCCGCCCACCGACAAGAUGGUACAUCAGGUGCAGGUACAAGACCGCUCCCCUCGUAAACGGGAUCGUCGCGCCGCCGGCCUCAUAUUAACUCCGGGAGGCGGUCCUGAACUCACGGAUAUGAGAGCCCCAGAAUUCAAGGGAGAGAUCCGUCCUCCCCCAGCCAAGAUGUCUCGCCUGGGCAUGUACGAGACCUACCAGCCUUGGGUCCUUCAGACCUACGGUGAUUCAGCCAAAACCAAGACCAUUACAAGGAAUAAGUACCAAAGAAUUUUGCAGAUCCUUCGAGGAGAUUAUGUAGAUAACGAGACCUCGAAGUUCAAGUUAUGGGUUAAAGGACGAGGGUUCAGGAUCGGUCCCCCGCCAGGCUACCUGAGCGGGGCCGUGGAGGACCCCAUUAUCACCCAGCUUACACCUCCUGCAGGACUCGAGUAUAACCCGGACAAGGAUCCCUAUCCAGACAUCUAUGUUCAAACUGGAACAAUCAAGGAUCCGGAGGGACACGAUAGAAUUUGCUUCAAAAAGGUGGCGGUAGUGGAGGACUUCUUUGAUAUUAUCUACAACCUUCACGUGUGUAAGGAUGGCAAGGAACAGAAGCAUAUGGGUCAAAAGAGGACGUAUCGGGCAGUAUCUGAACGUUACGCCUUCGUUCCUCGUGAGGCGGUCACCAAGUUUCUGGUGUUGUGUACGGAGUGCCCACGACGCUCUGUGGGCGUGCACGUGGGACUGGGCGUGCCCCUGGGUGUGGCCAACCUCCCGGUGCCUCCGCCCACCAUGCCCGUCCCCAACCUGCCACCGCCUCCGCCACCACCACCUCCAUCGCCACAUCAUAACAGUCGUCACUCCGAAGAUGCCACGACGAAGGAGGUGCCAAGAUAUUCGUCCCCCGUUCGCCUUCACCACCAGCAACAUCAUCUCCACCACCCCCAGCAUCACCCUCAUCAACAACAACAGCAGCAGCAGCUGCAGCACCACCAUCACCAUCUACAGCACCAGCAACACCACCACCAUCACCUCCCGCCUUCACUCCAGCAGCAACACCAGCAUCAUCUUCAGCAGCAGCACCAACAACAACACCAUCACCGCCACCAACAACAACAAACACAUAUAGAACACCAAUCACAACUUGAAAAAGAUAAACAAAAGCAAAAUCAGCAGCAGCAACAACAAAAACAAAACCAGCACCAACAACAAAAACAGAAUGGAACCCAAGAAAGGAAGGACAACCAGCAACAGCAGAAGAAAAAGGGAGAGGAGGAGGAGGAGGAGAAGGAAGAUAAGGAAGUGAAGGAGAGGAAAGAUAAGAUGGAAGAGGAGAAAGCGGAAGAGGAAAAGGAACAUCAGUACGACGAGCGAGUGAGUGCAGUCAGCCAUGAGGUUGACUACAGAUUCCCCUUCACCAAUAUCUACCUCAAACACUGCUCCUCCAGAACCACCAACUCCUCCAACACCAUCGAUUCCUUCUCCAACACCAUCAAUAACAACUACAUCCACCACAACAACUUCAACCACAUCGCGUGGAAGGAUGGUCCAGUGUUGGCGGAGUCUGAUUGUAGUGAAGAUGAACUAAAGAACACUGAGGUUGAGCGGAAGCUGGAAACUCGGAACCCCACAGAGUGGACACCUUACCAACAACAGCCUCUUGGCCUCUGCAGGAACGACAUACAGAGGAGGAGCCCCUGUGCGUCGCCGUCAGGGAGUGAGCGAGCAGCCACAGCCACGCCCUUGGAUACAGCCAGCAAUGCUGAAGACACCUCAAGUAAUGGAAAUAAGGACGACGAGGACGAUGAUGCUGACGACGACAACGACGAUGAUAAAAUCGAUGCCCAGUACGACCCUGAGCGUCUUAAGGCGUUCAACAUGUUUGUGCGACUGUUCGUGGAUGAGAACUUGGACCGCAUCGUUCCCAUCAGCAAGCAACCCAAGGAGAAGAUCCAAGCAAUCAUCGACGCGUGCGCACGACAGUUCCCAGAGUUCGCAGAGAGAACUCGCAAGAGAAUCCGUACAUACCUCAAGAGCUGCAGGAGGAACAAGAGAACUCGUGAUUCUAAUGGCUGGGAGACGCCGUCAAGACCCACGCCGCCACACCUCACCAGCAUCCAGGCGGAGCAGCUCCUGGCCAAUGCCUGCGAGAACGAGGCCCAGAACGCCAAGAGGAUGAGACUUGGCUUGGAGCCCAUUGCCCAGCCGAACCCACUCAACCCACAACUCCCAACCCAAGUGGGACCAGACAAACCUUUAGCCUUGAUUGACACUGUAGUUAAGACAGAAUCCAGCACACCACACGUGUCUGCUCUGGCUAAGGCCCUAGAGCGACCCAUGAUGGACUCCAAAGUUAUGAAUGGAUCAUCCAUGUUCCAGGCAUCAUUCCAACAAAGUUUCCAGAAAGUAGCCUCACUUACGGGGUCAACGGUACACACUCAACCAGGUCUUACUCCUCUCCUGGCAACUACCUCUGCACCCAUGUUAGCAAAUGGACCAACUGACCUGAGUGUUAAGGGAACAUCUAAACCUACACGGCCAACGCUCAAUGCUGUUGAGGUGGCAGCUGUUCGCCAACUCAUAACUGGCUACCGAGAAUCUGCCGCCUUCCUCUUGAGGUCUGCCGAUGAAUUAGAAAAUUUACUUAUCCAUCAACAGAGUCCAUAGUGUUUAUAUAAUGUUUGAAUGUGUAAAUGUGAAAUUUCCGUUGUAUGUUUACUACGGACGAUCACGUAUAUGUGAAUUUGCUGGUCUUAAUGGUUGUCUUAUUGCUGCUCACUCUAAGAUGUAUAUGGUACAAUUUCAGUGUUUUAUGAAAAUAGUAGUAAAAAUAUUUAUUUAUCAACAUUAAGUUUGUCUCUAUUACUCAAGUCUGUAAGGUAAAAAGCAUGAAUGUGAAAAUUACUGGUGCUGUUUAUGUCCAGUUACUGUAUAAAUCAUAAAUUGUUAGAGAGUUAUUAGGUCCUUUGUAAUGCCUUGAAAAUUUUCAGGCACUUAGCAAUUUUUUGUUCCUACUGUUGUGGAAAAUUUUUGUUGCUUAGUUCUCUAGAAUUUGUUCUGUCAAAUUUACUAUGGAAGUGCCUCCACCUUAUAAAGUGUUUUAUUCAUUAGAUGCAUUCUAAUGAAUAGGGACAAUUCAAGUUCUGUUUCAGUUGAUGCACACAGCUAAUAGGCAAAUUGCCCUUUUCCCAUCUUGUGUAAAUAAUCUGAUAGACUUCUUCAUAACAUGGAAAAAAAGCAAUCAGUCAGUGCAAGAUUGAAACUAGAGUAAUGGUGCAUAAGCUGUUGCUAAGUAUUUUAGAUGUGUGUUUGUUCAUGUGAAUGCAUCUCAUGAACAAAACUCAAGUGUAUAGUUUAGUGGGAUUUUGCUUAGGAACACAAAGUGGCAAAAAGUAUAGUGGGUAGAUUAUUUCAUAAAUUCCCUCAACUUUUCAGAAGUUGCAAAAUAUGUUCUCUAACACAGUAAUCCUCAAAAAUGUAUUAACAUUCAGUUGAGAAGAAAAAACAGUGGUGAAAAAGAGCUUAAGUUAGUUUUCAGUUGUACUUAAACUGUUAAAAGCUAGGAAGAAUUACACUUGUCAAGUAGACUGUCUCGCAUUUUUUAAUAUUUCAGUAGCAUUUUAUUUCUUCUGUACAAUGUGUGAGACAGUAGAUCAAAUUAAGUUGAACUUAAGCAUAUAAAUACAUAUUUCAUCAUAGCUAUUGCUUUAAAUAAAGAAAAAGUGCAAAUUUUUUAAGCAAUAGUUCAAACUUGGUGACUCAUAAUAGUUAUCAAAAGACACUUUAUUUACAAAUUGCUUAGUUAUACUUUUAGAGAGAAUAGAUCAUUUUAUGUUGAUGCCUAUACUGGUCUCUACACUCCAAAUGUAUCUGUGUAGGUGUAAAUAGGUAGAGCCCCAAUAAAGACUAAGAAAUGUAUGAUGUCCUUUGUAGGAUAUAUAUGUACACCAUAGAAUAUCAAGCAUGAUGUGUGUCAUUAUAAUUCAGCGUCCAGCAUUGUGCAAUUUGUUUUCUAUAGAUUCAGAUUCCUCUGUACUGGAAUUUAAAUUAUGUUUAGUCCUGCUUUCAUUGUUUGACAUUGUAAAGGUCUAAGGUUUAAUUUGUUAUGCUUUCACUGUUUUUAAUGAUAGGGCACUGUACUGUUAAGUGCCAGCUCACUACAGCAUAUCACGAGCAAAAUCUAUUAAACAGGUCUAGGUUCUAGGUUCUUUAAAUUCUAGCUGACAUCAAAGUGGCCUGUGCCUACACAAAAAUUAAAUGUUAAAUUUUUUAUAUCACAAUUGCUCUGCUCAAGAUAUAUUUUUUUGUUACUGCUGUUUAGCAUGUUCCUCAAAACAUAUUAGGGGUCAGUUUAAUGAAAUGCUCAAUAAUGGUACUGUAACUUAUUUAUAUUAUUUUUAGUCUUUUUUGGGGAAUACACAGUGAACUGCAUCAGCAGGAUACAUGCAAGUGAUUUUUGAUGCUUGAAUUAUUGCUUUUAGGUGUGUUUGCAAAAGAAAUGCACAUACUUGUAUGGAACCGGAUUUAUUAUUAUUUUUUUUUUUAGUGAAAGUUGAACUAAUUUUAGUGAAACUCGAACUUCAUACAAGGAGACCUCUGUAUCUAGUCACUUCUUCAGAUGACCAAUCUUUACUUUUAUUAAUUCUUCACUAAACUGAGAUAAGUAUUACAGCUAUCCAAGCAAACACACUAUAACACACUUUUUUUUUUUUUUUUUUUUUUUCAUUCUUUUGCUGUAGUUUGCAUUGCUACAAUGUCUGUCAACACCGUUUACAUGAUGUCAAAAUGUUAUUUAUCGGGAAAACAUUACUGCCAUUAGUUCUGUCUGAAGUGCAAGGAUAACAUCACUACUGAUAAUUAUUGUAAUAUUCACCAAAAAAAAAAAAAUUCCGAGACCAUAGGGGUCAUUCAGUCAGCAUCACUUUUGUCAUGAAAAACAUGUGCUGUGUCAAAUCAUAUAAAAUUAAUGAAGUCGGCAUCUAUACUUUACAAAAUUAGUAUAUUUUGUCAUCACUUUACACUUUCCCCCAAUGUACCUUAUUACAAAAUUUAUAUGAUUAGAUUUUUGUUAAAGUUGUCAUUUGCUUAUGCAGCUAAUAGGAAUGAAAAUGUUUACAGAUCAUCUGGAGAUUUGCACCCCUUCCUUUUUCCCUGCCCUGAAGGAAGCGGUGAAAAAAGUUAUGCAAAUUUUUCACGUGAAAAAGCUAACACAUUGUAGUGAAUUAAUGCAACUUUGUUGGAUGGCAGGUAUUGCUGGCAACUAAACUAGAAAGAUGCUUGAUGCACAGAAAACCUUUGUAAUAGACGAUAUUCCACUUUUGGUAAAAUUCCACUCAACAUUGUCUAAUAUACAGGAGGUUUUGCUUUGCACCAAGUGCCUGUCUACCAUACUAACCUAUCCUUGUUAAAAUUUAUGUAAUAUAAGAAUAAUUUUGAGAUUUAAUUUGCAGUUGGAGUGUGAGCAAGGUAACAUUUAUGAAGAGAUUCAGGGAAACUGGUUAGCCAGAUGUAAGAACAGUUCCUUCAUUGUGAAGGAUGGGUGGGGAUUUUUGCAGUUCAGAGGGUUGGUUGAAAUGGCUUAGUAUUUCUGGUCCCCUCAAGGGAGGUUCCUUGAUGCUGGUGAGGGGCUCUUGAUCAUAGGAAUUGGACCCGUGUUCAUAUUCCUGGAAUCAGGUCUGAAAAACCUUCCAUUUCCCCAGGUGCUGUAUGACCCUGAUGGGUUUAGUGCUCCCCAUGAAUAAUAAUCUAUUUCUGGUAUGACAGCUAUUCACUGAACAAUGAAUGAAUGAAUUUCCUUCCUUGGGGGUCACUCUACCAGGAAACAGAUGGUACAACAAAAAUAAUUUACCAAACCUAUAAAAAUCUGCAAGAUCUAUAUUUCACUGAUUUCCUUGGAGUAAUGGGGCAAGUUUUCAGAUGACCAAUAUUUGCUCAUGUAAAGUGAGAAUCUGAGUGCAAGACAAGUUCAUCAGGAAUAAGUGCAAAACCUACUAUCUUAGCUCUCUUUAAUGUGCUGAUGUGCACCUUUUCUUAUCUUCUGCAUUACUGAAUGAUGAUAAACUUUAAUUAUACCAAAGAUGGAGAUUUAUCUGAUCUCACAACCCUUGUAAUAGUUAAGUUGUCUUUUCUACUGUUGUUUUGAACAAUGGUGUAUUGUAUUUAUUUGUCUUCAUAUAAAAAUAUAUACUGAAUACAGUAUAUAAAAAUAUAUACUAUAUAAAUAUAUAUUAUUUGGA